CUUCAGCCCUGAUCUCAAACGUUCCUGGAGGGGCCCCUACGUCACAUCCGUUGUUUCCCUCCGGAAGUACAGUUAAUUUUUAUUCACAGGAAAGAAAAAAAAACAGCUGUUGUUGAAAAAGAAAACAUCAAAAAUGCCAGCCCCAAAGAGAGGAGCAUCUCCUCGUGAUUCUCAGCCCAAGAUGAGGAAGUUGGACGAUGAUGGAGAGGAUCUGCCAUCCAAAACUUCACCAGCUGCCAACAAUCGCUCCUUUGUAACUGGAAAUACACAAGAAAAUGCUUCCGACCCGCGGACUAAGAAAAAACUUUGUACUUCAGUGGAAUGGGGGAAUAAACCCGCCAAGUCGUCCAAACCGAGUUCCCCUCCAAAAGAUUCCAGCAGAACCGUUAGUGAUCCACCCGUCAUAAAAGCCAAGCUCCUAAAAGCCACAAGUGCCUCCGGCGGAGAAGCUCCCUCACAGAACGCAAACACCAAAGCCGCCCUGAAGCGAACCGCCUCCACAGAGUCCGAGGAUGAACUGAGUAGUGACGGCAGUAAGGCCGACCUCUUCAGAGAGAGGAUCGAUGGCGACGAGGCCUGCUGCGUGAGAAAAUAUUCUAAUAAAUUCAAAGUCCAGCGCACCGCUGAAGACUCUGCAUCCGACACGCGGGAGGCAAGCGGAGAGUCGCCGCCGCCGCCUGCCCCCGCGGACCCCGUUCAGUUGGAGCAUAACUAUGGUAGAUUUUCCGACUCGAGUGUGGGAGACGAGAAUCAGGGCGACGAUGAAGAAUCUGGACUGUCUGACACCGAACAACACGGGCAAGAAAUGUCAGUUAAUGCCACACGAGCAGAGUCUGAGGAAACUCGUAUCUCUAUAGGAGGGAGUGCAGAAGCCGGGAUUGUAUUUGAACGCACAGCUGAUGAAAGUUUCCGUGAGGAGUUAAAAGAUCCAGAGAGCCAAAAGCUCGUAGAUGAUGACACACAGGCAUCAUGUGGAGGAAUAUUGGCCUCUGUCACUGCAGCAGCUGCAGGUUCGCCUUGCAUCCUGUCUGAGGAGGCGGAGGAUAAUGAAAAGACCGACUUUGUCACCAAAAGCCAAAAGGACUUGGAUAAUGAAUCACCGGCAGUGUCAGUGGAAACGCUGUAUUCUGGAGAGGCAGUUCCAGGCUGUGAAGGUGAAGUACAGGUAGAUGAAACUACGGUUUGUAUAGUUGAGACGGAUGUGAGCUGGGAGACUGAAACAAAGGAGUCCGUUUCUGAGCAGAUAAAGCUGGAUGUCCAAUGUAGAAGUAAGGGAGGAGAGCAUGUGGUGCAGGAAGUGAUAGAAUCAGCCAGUGUCUCUGCAAACCACGGUGAUGUAGAACACAACGUAUUGUUUGACGAAACAAACUCUGCACCAGAGGAGACCUUGGUAGGCAAUAAUCCAGAAAGUCAGACUGAUGAACAUCCAACAGAGACCCGAACAGACGUCGGUGUCAAAAUACAAGUUACCUUCGAAGAGGAAUCCGAAUCGGCGGAUCGAGUGAGCCGUGAAGUGCCAUGCACAGUUACCCAAUCAUGUGACGUUGUGAACAAGCUGGCAACAGAGUCUGAAGAGCAGCUUGAAGAAAGUGAAAGGGGAGCCGCGGAGACGCCGACUCUCGCUGGUCCCGAGUCUUCUGCGGAGCUCCAAGAGAUGCCGGACCUAACGGCCGACAGCUGUACGGAAAUAAUGACUCCAGAUUGCGAGUCUGUCCUCGAGCAAAAUCAAAGCGAGCCCCUCCCCGAUCGUGUCGCAGUGUCACACGGUCCAAGGGAUGAGGACAUGCAGACCAAAAUAUCCCCAGAGGAGCGCUCUGAUUUGCCACCUGAAGCGGGAAAACAAAACCAGGGAAGCCACGAAGUUGCAGACCACGCUUCAGGAAUACCGGUUGAAGUCCAAGGCGAGGAAAUGACAGAAAAAGUAACGGAUUUAAGCUUUGAAUGUGUCGCCGCAUCACUAGAGCAGGAGAUUUACAAUCAAGUGGCUGCAGUGGAAAUACAAAUCCAGAAUAACCCCGACGCCUGUGAACACACCACGGACAUAUCUACAGAAUUCACAGAGAAUCGUGUGUUGAAUUCUAAAAUAAUUGAAGAUAAGGAGGACAUCUUUGAAUGUACUAGUAGUGGUCCUGAGGAAAACACUAUAACUGCAUCGGAGAUUUCUAAUCACGCGUCAAGAGAAGCAUUCGAAAGCCCAAAGAGACCGGAAGACAGUGAACACACCAUGGACGCGCCUGAUAAAGUGCAGACAGUUCAAGCUGAAGGCGAGACCCCGGCUGAAUGCGUUGUUCCUACUGAGGGUCAAAUAGAAGCCAGGACACCGGAGGAGAUUUCUAACAUUGCACCUACAGUGGAAGUAAAAAGUCAGGAAAACACUCCCACACACACAUCUACUGCACAUCAUGAAGAUCACAAGGUGGAAAACCAGUUAAACUUAUCUGAAUCUGUGACUGCACCAGAGAGUCCAAUCCAAUUAGAAACUCCGACAACAUCGACAUCUGAUGUUUCAAAUCUGGAAGCUUCAGUAGAAAUAGUGAAAAGACAAAUAGAGGUGGACAUGCAGACUGCGACGGCCUCCGAGGAGACACUUGACACGGCACCGACAGUGGAAACAAGUCCAAAACAUCAACAUGAAGGAAAGGUGGAGAUUUCUAACAUGGCGCCUACGGUAGAAACGCAGAACCAGCAGAGCCCAGAAGUCCUUAUUGAACCUGCUACAGACGUAGUUUCUGGACAUCAUGGGGAAGAAAAUAAAGUCAUGUUUGACUCUGUGAAUAUACCAGAGAGGGAAAUGGAAAUGCAGAAUACGUCACCACAAGAGGUUUCAAAUACAGACUCUUCAGUGGAAAUGGAGACUACAACAGCAUCAGAGGAGACGCCUAACACGGCUUCAGCAGUGGAAAUACCAAGUCGGAAACAUCAGCAUGAAGGAGACGUGGCGACUUCGGCAAAAUCAGUGGAGAUUUCUGAGAUGGCGCCUACGGUAGAAACGCAGAACCAGCAGAGCCCCGAAGUCAUCAAAGCUGCUACAGAGGUAGCGUUUAGAUGUCGUAGAGAACAAAACAUGUUUGAAUCUGUGAUUAUACCAGAAAUUGAAAUGCAGACUGCAACGCCACAAGAGGUUUCACAUACAGAGUCUUCAGCGGAAAUGGAGAAAAGGCAAAUAGAAGUGGACCCGCAGACUACGACGGCCUCAGAGGAGAUACCGAACACAGCUUCAACAGUGGAAAUACCAAGUCAGAAACAUCAACAUGAAGAAAAGGUGGAGAUUUCGAACUUGGCACCUACGGUAGAAACGCAGAACCAGAAGAGCCCAGAAGUGCUUCAACCUGCUACAGACGUAGUCUCUAGACAUCAAGGGGAAGAAAACAAAGUCAAGUUUCAAUCUGUGAAUCUACCUGAGAGUAAAAUGGAAAUGCAGACUUCAUCGGCACCAGAGGUUUCAAAUACAGGCUCUUCAGCGGAAAUGGAGAAAAGGCAAAUAGCAGUGGACAUGCAGACUACGACGGCCUCAGAGGAGAUACCGAACACAGCUUCAGCAGUGGAAAUACCAAGUCAGAAACAUCAACAUGAGGAAAAGGUGGAGGUUUCCAACUUGGCACCUACGGUAGAAACGCAGAACCAGAGGAGCCCAGAAGUCCUUCAACCUGCUACAGACUUAGUCUCUGGACAUCAAGGGGAAGAGAACAUGCAGACUACGGCGGCCUCAGAGGAGAUACCCAACGCAGCUUCAACAGUGGAAAUACUAAUUCAGAAAAGUCCAAAUGAGGUCAUCGCAGCAACGGCAGCGGAGAUCUCUAACACGGCGCCUGCAGUAGAAAUGUGGGCCGAGAGGAGCCAAGAAGUCAGCGAUCCUUCACCAGCCUUCAUCCACCUCCAACCAGGUGGACCUGAGAAAGCUCAAGAGGGUCCAACGAUUCAGACCCAUGAAAGCGAUGGAAAUGAAAACAGAGAAAGUGUCACGGUACCCGAGAAUAAAGGGGAAGUGGAUUCAGAGACGACUGCAGCACCAGAGGAGACCUCUCAUCAGCCAACCGCAGUAGAAACAGAAAACGGGACAACCCUGAAGGUCGAUGAAGUACUUAAAGAAUGUAUUGAUGCCAAUACAGAGCGUGAAGAAAACACCGAAGAACUUCUUGCAGAAUGGGCGCAUGCCACUGACAAUCAAACAGAAAUGGAUUCGCAAACAACAGCGACGGCAGAUGAGGUGUCUAAUCCAUCACCUACAGCGGAAAUACAAAGCCCUGUGAGCCCGGAGGUCAGUGAACGCCACACAGAAGUUCAAAAGCAUCUAGUGGGCGUAAGCUGUGAGCGCGAGGAGACCGAAGACACGGUUGAGGCUGAAUGUGUUGAUGUUCCACAGGAUGAGAUAAAUAUGGACACUUCUGCAACGCUGGAGGAGGUUUCCACUGCGGCGGAACAGCAAAACCAAGAUAUGGAGGCCUCAUCUAAUCAAACUCCCAAAUCUCCUUCCGUGGCAGAAAGUAAAGAUAAUGAAAACACGCCGACGGAGCACGGUGCUGGUGAUGUCCAAGUGGAUAUGGAUGUAGUAAGUGCAGCAAUAGGAGGGACAGAUUCUGCUUCAGAGGAGGCAAGCGGGGGGCGAGAGAUUAAUGAGGUGAAAGAAGAUGUCGCAAUCAUUUCCUCCGAUAAGGCCGACGGCGACGUGGUCGCAGUCGGUAAUAUUGAAGGACAUGCAGAAGGAACCGGAAGCAAUGAAGUAAUGCUUUUUGUUUGUGGCCAACCGCACAACGUUGAUAUCGUAACUCCGGCGGAGGAAGAGCAGAUUAAGACGGCGAGUCAGUCGGGGGUUGAGAUAGUGUAUGAGCCCAUUAGUAGCCCGGAAAGUACCGACGAUCGAGAGAUUUCCACGGCGUCAGAGAACCACAAUGGUUUGUCUUUACUGGACAUACAGAGCGCCCAGCAGCUGGAAGCAGAUUUGCCUACUGAUGAAGGAAACCGUUGUAGCAAACCACUGGAAAAUGUCGAGCAACAGGUUUUCCUUGCAGGCGGCCAAGAAGUUGAAAGUCAAGCGCACACCGUCAGAGUGCCAGAGAGUUGCGUCCCUGCACAGUUGGAGCAGAGGCGCGUGAGCGAGGACGUGAAGCAAGUCGCAGUAAUCAGCUCUAGCGAUGACGUCAGCGUGCCAGAUGGCCACUCGGGAGAUGCCCCGGACACAAGUGAAAGGAAUUGGUCUCCGGACUGCGUCGGCGCCGCAGGGUCUCUGGACAACGUGCAGGAGGACUCUGGAGCUCAGGAGGUUUCAGACGUCACAGUGACGACGACGACGUCUGCUGCCGCGGCCAAAGUGGAGAUUCCCGACAGUACGUCAGAGGAGUUUGUGAUCUUGGAAGCGAUCCAAGAGCGAGAAAUUCACUUCGAUAUUGUCACUCAAGCAGCCGCCGAAUCGGGUUUGUCGGACUCUCUUUUGGAGCAGGUGAAUCCAGACAGCGCUGUGGAAGGUGAUGUGGAAAAUGAAAUGAUUUUUAAUGGUUCCCAACGAACCGUCUUCCCGGAGGCCGAAGCGCAGAAAUGUCCGACAACAGACGAGAUCAAAGUCACAAAUACGAACGAGGUUUUAGAUCCCGGGAGCAUGCUGACGGAAAUCUCUACCGAGGAAGGUGUUGAAGUUCCUCCGAAUUCCGAUCAGAGCCACUUACCAUCAUGCGCCAUGACGGACAGUGAUACCUCCGAGAUUGAAACGGCGAACGCUCCCGCUCAAGUCACAAAUGAAGACUGCGACGCGCUGGCGACGGAGAACGCUGAGGCUCAUUUGGACCUGCCAGAAGUGCAGAUUCUGGAGGACAUAGAGAUCGGCCGUGAGAUCGUAGUAGCAGAAGAAGAGAACGAUGAAGACGGUGACAUUCAAAUAAUAGAAAAACCCCAGGAAACACCCGAGGCCAUCCCUCCUGAGGAGUCCGAGAAAAGGGUUGAUGAGAAAACUAAAGACGACACUUGUGGGACCAGUUCACAGCAAGACGGCGCUGCUGUAAAGUCUGAAGCAGAAAAAAAGAGACCGGGGCCGGAUAAACCCAAGAAACAAGAAAUGAACACGCAGGCCAGGACCAAAGCCCGUCUGGCAGCUCUGGCCGAGGAAAAGGCUGCUGCCUCAAAGAGAACAGCAAAUAGACAGCAGCUGAACCUCUUAGCUUUGUGUCAGGAGAUCGCAGAGGACAUCGCUACGGACAGCAUGUUGUUGAAGAGGAUCGAAGAAGAGAAACUAGCGGCGGCGGCAGCGGCAGCAACAGCGGCGGCGGCAGCAGCAGUGGCAGCAGCCGAGAGUGAAGCCAGCAAGAAGGAAAGUACUCCCGUCCACAAGCAAGAGGCGGGCAGCGCUGUACUUACUCCUGCUGGACCAGAAGGGAGCUCUGCUUCGGUGACCCCCGCCGAGGAAGCAUCGACGGCCCGGCCCUCGACAGACGAUUCAGCCGAGGCCAAGCCCCCCGCGGAGCCUCCAAAGAGGCGCUUCUUCGUCACGCAGAUCUCCGUGCCGCUGAAAGCCCACGAGAAGAAGAAGCUGACCCGAUAUCAAAGACUGAGGCAGGUUGAACUGCAGAGAGAGAAAAUGUCUUGGGCACGUGUAAAGAAACUGAAAUCCGACCAAGCAAAUCAGAUGUUUUCAGACAUGGACUGGCAGCUCCCCCUGUCUGCAUCCUCGUCGUUCUCUGUGAGUCCUGUGACCACGGCCCCUCCGCCUGAAGCCAGCCCUUCAAAAACACCCCUCCCAAGUCCUGCCACAAGCGGCAAGCCCCCGACGCCCCCGCCAGAAGUCCCUAAGGUUGAACCUCCCAAGCCUGAACCCAGCAAGACUGAGCCCACUACAGCGGAAGCCUCUAAAAGUGAACCCACUAAACCUGAACCUGACAAAACUGUGACUCCUAGUGCCGGGACCCGUAAAUCCACGAGGCAAACUAAGGCUCAAACUCUGAAAGAGACCCCAGCGCCGGCGCCCACCACAAAGGUGACCCGAUCAGCAGCCAAGAGGACGCUCCCGGCGGCGCCGCCGCCCAUGCCGAAUGGGCUCAGCGCGCAGAAACAGAAGCCCGUAGAGUACAAGCCAUACAGGCCCCGGCCCAAGUAUUCCUUUGAUGACUUUGAACUCGACGAUGAUCCGCUACCGGUAGCGGCAAAAAAGCCCGGUCUUCAGUCGAGGCCCACGCAGCCGCCACGACCGAACGCUCCGCUAAACCCCGCAGCUCAACCUAGACCCGCUGGUCAGUCGAAGCCCACAGUUCCGUCGCAUCUUGCUCACCAGGCGAAACUCAAAGCCCCGACCACGGCUGCCGGACAGAUGUCGGGUCCGUCAAAGCCCGGCGUUGCACCUUCAGCUCAGUCGAAGCCCGCCGGUUCCACAGCUCCCCAAUCGAAGGCCUCGGAUGCCGCCGCGGCUUCUUCGGACCCCGGACCGUCGGUCGAAGCUCAGUCGAAGACUCCCGCUUCGACGGCGGCAAGUUCGAGAGCCGCGACGGCUCCGGGUCAGUCGAAACCCGCCGCGUCUGCUUCGCCUCAGUCGAAGCCGGUCGGAAGCGAGGCUCCGCCCAAGCAGACGGCGUCUCAGGCCGCCGGUUCCGGUUCGACCACGCCCGCGCCCUCUGCUUCGAAGGCAGAUGUUGGUUCCGUGCCCCAGGAAGCCCCCAGUGCACCAUCACCACAGGACGGCAAAUGCGAGGAUACAGCGGAUCCCACCUCGGCCGUUCCCUGUGACGGCAGCUCCCAAGUGUCAGAAGACGCACCGAGGAGUGAAGAAAAGCCAGCCGUCCCUGAUGUGGAUCCUUCUCCGGAGAAUAAGACGGACCAAGUCCAUUCAGACGAGAAGACAUCAACAGAGCCUCAAGACAGAGCAGCGGAGCCACAGGAUGGCAGGACUCCCCUUUCUGAUGCUUGCCUCCAAAAAGAAGUGAAGAAACUAAAGGAGGCUGACAAGGACGGCACCCAAACCAUUAUUGAUGCAGGACAGAAGCAUUUCGGAGCAGUGGCCUGCAGCGUGUGUGGGAUGCUCUACUCGGCUGCCAAUCCUGAAGACGAAUCCCAACAUUUGCUUUUCCACAACCAGUUCAUCAGCGCUGUCAAAUAUGUGGGGUGGAAAAAGGAGAGGAUAUUAGCAGAGUAUCCAGAUGGCAAGAUCAUUCUUGUCCUGCCAGAUGAUCCCAAAUAUGCUCUGAAGAAGGUGGAGGAGAUCAGGGAGAUGGUGGACAACGACCUGGGCUUCCAGCAGGUGGAGACCAAGUGUCCCUCUCAGACUAAGACCUUCCUCUUCAUCUCCAAUGACAAGAAGGUGGGCGGCUGCCUCAUAGCAGAGCACAUCCAAGAGGGACACCGGGUGAUCGAGGAGCCGACCCCGGAGGGUUCGGAGGGAGAAAAGGUGAUGUUCGAACGCCAGCGGGCUUGGUGCUGCUCCACGUCAGCGGAGCCGGCCAUCUGCGGCAUCAGCCGCAUCUGGGUGGUCAACAUGAUGAGACGCCGGGGCAUCGCCUCGCGCAUGCUCGAGUGCCUCAGGAACAACUUCAUAUACGGCUCCUACCUGAGCAAAGACGAGAUCGCUUUCUCUGACCCCACGCCCGACGGGAAACUCUUCGCCACGCAUUACUUUGGCACGUCUCAGUUUUUGGUUUAUAACUUUGUGAGUGGAACGCAGCCGUCCCAGCCCGACGGCGACGCCGUAUGACAGUCUCCACGAGAGGUAACGGGGGGCUUCGGCUGAGACGCCCGCCGGCCGACCCGGAGGCUCCGUCGCCGACGCCGUCUGAUGCAGAAACUGUGUUUGCGUGAACAAAUUUUUAAAAACUGUAAAUUACUCCUGUGAGAGGACACACAUCGGUUUAAAUCUCAGGAUGAAAACAACAAGGUGUUGUUGAACCUUUUUAUUAAUUCACCCUUUAAUCCCUCCCCAAAUAGUAUUUUGAACAAAAGAGUAUUUUCUUUGUACAUUUUUAAGUGAACAAUUGGUUUUAUUAGACGUAUACAGAAGCCCGUGAGUUUACAUGCAUGACCUGACAGCAAUAGAAAACAAAGAGCAUUUCAUUGUUCCUCUUAAUCCCGGAGAAGCAUAAGGUUGCAUUAGGUAAAACGGUUUAGAGUUCCGUCUUCAUUUUGCUUUAAUGUUUUUACUUACAUGACGUAAACCGUGUACAUUGAGUUUUGUUUUUUUUCUUCAUCUCUUUACAGUUCAAAUCAUUCAUGGUCUGAAGUGGUGUAAUAAGCAGCAGAGAUAACGAUCGGGCGGUCGAAGUUGUCUUCCCCAUCUAAUGGUUUUAACUGUCGUGUUUAGUUGUAGCAUUUCAAGCUCGUCUGACCGGGCGAUUUAAUCGGAGUGACUCGCGUCAGCGAUCUGGUCGGAGAGCUAGAAAUGCAGCUUGGGCAUUAAACGUGUGCUCUAAUUUUCUUCGAUCACCACGCCUGAAGUUUAUGAGCCAUAAACUGUCCACCGUUUAGCAGGGCAUCGUAGCCUUCACUGUGUGACUGCUGUCCCAUGAUGUCCCACCGAGGCUGUCUAUUGCUUUGUUUGUGCCUGAAUGAUUAACGUGUGACUUAAGAUGUUUGUUUUUCUUAGCCAUGCGGUAUGGCCUUUUAUUGAGUUAGUGUAGAGAACCAUCCUACUAUUCCUUUAGUAACAACAAAUUAAAUAGUGUACCAAACUAUCAUGCAUUACUCUAACGACAUUUAUAACGGAUGAGCGCGGUUCUGAGCCUCAAAGGUCGGGUGGUGUUGGAGUGACGGUAAAUGUGAUGCAGGUUCGCAAACGUGAAUAUUUGCUCAGUGAUCAACACGAGGGGGUUUACCGCUACACACAGAUUCACCGUGUCAUCGUAAUCCAGCCCUUGUUUUGUUCUUGCUUGUUUAUGCAGUUGCUUUUAGAAAGAUGUGCUGUGUAAGAAAAAUACAUUUGAUUUAUACAAAGCUGUCAUGUAAAUAUUUAUUUAAAUAAUAAACGAUAUAAAAACCUG